AUGGGUGGCUGCGUCUCUUCCCAGAGAAAACUCAGCAACAGGCUUCAUCAGAAGAAGCAUAAACGUGGCAGAUCUGGCAAAUGUCGGUCCAAAAUCUCGGCUUCGAUGCCUGAUGUUCCUAUGAAACGCAUGAGCAAUGCGAGCGUCAGAGAUUUUGCGGUGAGCGAAUAUGUUCAUCUUGAUUUCGAGAAAGGCGCUGCCAAGAUGAUGUGUAAGAGAGCUGAGAUGUCUAAUGCGAACUUCCAUUUAACUCAGCUUCAAUGGAACUGCAGCCAAAUGGAUGGAAACCGAAUAUCACAUGAGGAAGCUUGGUAUGAUUCAUUUAGUUACAUUGAUUCUGAUUCUGAUGAUGGAUCAAACAGUAGUGUUUUCGAAGAUGCAAAUCCUUCUGCAAUGGGACAGGUGAUUCAGUACGAAGAGUUCUACGAAAGUUACCUGAAAAUAGAUGGAAACAAAGGUGAGUCAUACUCAAGCAAGAAUGAAGUUAGCAUAAAGAGAAACCAAGUGGCUGAUGAGUCUCAUCAUGAAACUUUCAAGACUACUACUUGUGAAGAUCAUCAAGAUCACAGGAAGAAAUCAUCAAAAGUUGUUAUGGUUUCUGUGCGAAGAACGUCUAUUGAUAGAAAAUCAACAGCAUCUGAAUACUCUCCCGCUGAGAAGCUUUUGUACCGACCAAAAGCCGGUUCUGUGAUUCAAUGUUCUUUGGGAGAGAAACUUACCAGUCAAGGAAGCUGGUCAGAACUUUCUCCAUCUAGUUUCAAGCUCCGUGGAUUGAAUUUUUUCAGAGACAAACAAAAGAGUCCUGCACCAAAUUGUAGCCCUUACAUACCAAUUGGAGUCGACCUUUUCGCGUGCCCUAAGAAGAUAAAACACAUUGCUCAGCACAUUGAGCUCCCUAAUAUGAAACCGGCGUCAUCACAAGUCAGCGAUAUCCCAAAUCUAUUGAUUGUGAACAUCCAGCUUCCAAUGUAUCCAACCUCCAUGUUUGGUGACUAUGAUGGUGAAGGACUUAGCUUAGUCUUAUACUUCAAACUGAAUGAGAAUUAUCACAAAGAAACCUCAUCUCACUUUCAAGAAACCAUCAAGAGAUUUAUAGAUGAUGAGAUGGAGAAAGUCAAAGGAUUCACAAGAGAAUCAACAGUUCCAUUCAGAGAGAGGUUGAAGAUCAUGGCCGGUUUGGUGAAUCCUGAGGAUCUUCAGCUAAGUUCUACUGAGAGAAAACUCAUCACAGCUUACAACGAUAGACCGGUUCUUUCUCGUCCCCAACAUGAUUUCUUUCAGGGACCAAACUACUUUGAGAUCGAUCUGGAUAUACACAGGUUCAGUUACAUAUCUAGGAAAGGACUCGAAUCUUUCAGGGACAGGAUCAAGAAUGGGAUUCUUGAUCUGGGUUUAACUAUUCAGGCUCAAUCACCAGAGGAACUUCCAGAGCAAGUACUGUGUUGUGUCAGGCUGAACAAGAUUGAUUUCGUGAAUCACGGACAGAUUCCAACGCUUUUAACUAACAAACAAUGA